GUGUGGAACAAUUUCUUGUAAUCAAACAAAGUUGGUUAACUAACAUGCUGCGGAAUCCGACCGAAUGUUUAUCUCUUAAUACAAAAGUGAAACAGCCGAAAGACAAAAGCAUCCUUUCAAAGGUUCAAUCAAGAUCUUUAGCUGAGCUUAGAAAAAUGUGUGCAGAACUUUCUGUAGCUGAUGUCAAAAUGUUCAUUGCAACAAAAUAUAAACAAUGGGUGAGCAAAGAACAUCUGGAGAUUUACACAUUAAAGUGUAUCGAGUUGUGUUGGCUAAUGCAUCAUCAGACACCACCUGUGUACCUUGAUUAUGCUGUUACCAUUAACUCUACAUUCGAUACAAAUAAAUAUAAGCCAUAUACUAAAUCAGGGUUAAGUAUAGAUUAUCAAGUAUGGCCAGUUCUUCUUCUUCACAAAGAUGGACCUCUUCUAUGUAAGGGGGUUGCACAAGGAAAGUAAAUACAUGUGCAUACAAAUAAAAACACUUCAAAUCGUAUUAUAAACUUUAUAACCUAAAAUAAAUACAGGCUAAUAGAUAUUAAAUUUAUAUCAUUCUAACACACUUUCAAUCUUCCCUGCGCCUCGUCUUGAUUUACCUAUCUUGUUUCCACCCAAGAUUCAGAGUGAAAUAUCUUGUAAAACUCCCAAUGUAUUUUAUAAUUAACUGUAAUGAUUAAAUUUACAGUAAUUAUCAAUAAAUAUAUAUUAGAAUCACAAUCCAUUCCGUCAGUUAUAUUUUCAUUAUAUUUAGUGCAAAUAUUUGUAAGUUUAAUUAAGAAGAAGUAAAUAUGCAAUAAGCAUUGUAAUUUGUCAAGGACGGAAGAUUCGA